UGGGAGCUAGUCUCCUCCAGCAUUGGUCCUCCAGGCUUAAGGGAAUCUCUGGCCAGUGAGCCAGUGUCAGACCAUAGCAGGAGGCUGAGCUUCUGGGAACUGACUGGGCUUUGCUUACCCUGUCCAGUGUCCUCCCUCAGACACGGAUCUCUUCUGGGAGCUGAACACUGACAGAGAGUUGGGCUCCAGCAAGACCAAGGGGCUGUGCUAAAGGGUGAUCAGCUUCACCUGUUCCUCCUCCUACGCGGGAAGGCUCAGCAAGAAGACGUAAAGGGGCUGCAUUUAAUUCUCCCUUCAAGACUUCUCACCCCUUCUGCUGAGCAGAAAUGGGGGACUGGAGCUUCCUGGGACAGUUCCUGGAGGAGGUCCACAAGCACUCCACAGUGGUGGGGAAAGUCUGGUUGACUGUGCUCUUCAUCUUCCGGAUGCUGGUGCUGGGUACAGCAGCGGAGUCCUCCUGGGGGGACGAGCAGUCUGACUUCAUGUGUGACACCCAGCAGCCUGGCUGUGAGAAUGUCUGCUAUGACAAGGCUUUCCCCAUCUCCCAUGUCCGGUUUUGGGUCCUCCAGAUCAUCUUUGUCUCCACCCCCUCUCUGGUGUACAUGGGCCACGCAAUGCACACAGUGCGCAUGGAGGAGAAGCGGAAGAUGAAGGAGGCAGAAAUAGAGGCCCAGGAGGUGAAAAAAAAUGGUGACACAUACUACCAGCAGAAGUGCCCUGAGGCAGAGAAGACUGAGCUGUCUUGCUGGGAUGAAUCAGGAGGCAAAAUCAUUCUCAGGGGCAGUCUGCUGAACACCUACGUCUACAGCAUUUUGAUUCGCACUGCCAUGGAAGUGGCCUUCAUUGUGGGGCAGUAUGUCUUGUAUGGGAUCUUCCUGGAGACCCUGUAUAUCUGCCGGCGGGCACCUUGCCCCCACCCGGUCAACUGCUACGUUUCCCGUCCCACAGAGAAGAACGUAUUCAUUGUCUUCAUGCUGGCUGUGGCAGUGCUCUCCCUCUUCCUCAGUCUGGCUGAGCUAUACCACUUGGGCUGGAAGAAAGCCAAAGAGAGGUGCUCCCGGUCUUACAAACCCAGCCCCAGCACAGCCUCUGGCAGACUGGAGUCUGCCCCACAAGUAGAAAGGGCCCAGAUGUACACUCCUCCACCAGAUUUUAACCAGUGCUUGUCAAGUCCCAAUGGGAAAUUCGUUAGCCCCUUCAGCAACAAGAUGGCCUCCCAGCAGAACACUGCCAACUUUGCCACUGAGAGGGUCCAUGGCCAGGAGGAUGCUGCUGGGGAAGGGCCCUUCCUUAAGUCCAGCUACGUGGAGAGUCCAGAGGUGGCCAAUGAAUGUGCAGCACCCGUCUUCCCCGAGAACUACUUCAAUGAGAAACGCCGGCUCAGCAAGGCCAGCCGUGCCAGCAGCAAGGCCAGGUCAGAUGACUUGUCUGUGUGACCUGUCUCCAGGAGGGACGAGGAGAAGGAGAAGUCUCAGCAUUUCGUAACACUUCUGCAAAGUAGACUCCAGACUCCUGCGCUAACCUCUCUCUAUUUUAACACCCUCUUGCUCCCUUUCAGUGAACACCACUGUUAAACUGCAGACAGCGCCUCUCACAGCUUAAGGCAGGGGCAGCCACUUGGAGACACACACUGAAGAGAAGCACCAAUCUCCAGAUUUGAAGCUCUCAGCCAUCUUUUUAUCAUGAGACCCACAGGGAUUGGAGACUUGCCAUCCUUAGCCUGGUGGAGCACAAGACAGCAGACACCUGAGGCUGCCCAGCAGGUAUCCUCUGCUGCAUGGUAUUCAACAGACUGACUGGACCUCAACACUCCUGCAUCUUCCUUGGUGUCUAUUCAAUAUUUGCUACAUCAGCUUGGCAAUUCUAUUGAGCUGAAGCUUCACUGCCCCGGUAGUCUUAUGAAGACUUUCUCAUCUGCUUUGGUCUCAUUCUGUCAAUCCCUCCCUUUCUCUACCUGAGUCCAGAUAUUUUAGACCAGUUUACCUAUACAAUAAAUCCUACUUGAAUUUUUGGACACUGUGCACGUAACUUCCCUGUAGAUAAGGACAUCUGUGGUCCCCCACACACAGCUGCCUCAUGUCUAACAUUGGAAUCCUGUCCCCAUUCCUACGUCAGAGCAGCAGGCUGGCCCCAGAGCCCAGGGAUAUCACUUAGAUGCCCAGUUGAUGGAGACUAGGGAAUUUUCCCAAGACACUUAUAUCAUCAAUCCUAAGCAAGACAUCUAUUAACAGAAAUAGAGACUCUCGUGGGAGAACAAAUAAUCUACUAGUAAAAAAGAAGGAAUUACCAAGUGGAAUCAUAGUGAUUUUUCCACUUUUUAAACUCAACUUUCAAGCAAUAUGAAUGCUGCUGAAAGGGUGCCACUAGUUCCCAACUUGAGAGAAAAAACAUCUUCUGUUUAUCUGCAGAAGAGGUACAGCCUGUUUUAUUUCUCACUAACCUACCAAAACACUUCAGCAUCUUCUACAAGAAGCAGAAGUCCUCUCCAGGUUCUGCACAUCAUUCAGCCCUUGGCUGCUCUCUCAAGCCUGCCAGCCAGUGCAAGCCAAGAUAUCCGUUGUCACAGCAAGACCCUGUUCUGUCAGCAGGUCAUCUUCAUCUCCACUCUUUCCCUAGGACACAUGGCAUAAGAAACCACCCUUGGACCUGUUAUUUCCACCACUGCAGCCUCUCAGAGCAACCACUGGGGUCCAGCACUGCACAAUGAGUCUGCUGGGUGAUGUCUGCAGGCAGCUCCCACUCCAGAUACUUCAGCUCACUGCAGAGCUGGCAUCCCUGUUUUAACGGGAGCUCCUAAUCAGAGCUAAGCUGCUCCCUGUUGUUUACCCUGCGCUGCCCUUUCAGACACGGGACAUGACUUCCCAAUGUUGGACUACAUGAGUGAAUGGCCUGGGACCAGCUUAUGAGGGGACUGAGCCAUUCCCUCUCUUAGGAGCUGCUGAAAGGGAUUAUAAAUCCUUGCUCCUGCUACAUAGUUAGCUUUGGUACAGUUCUCUGUACAUAUACAUACAUACACACAGAGAGGGGAAAACCAUUUUUUUAUUUGUAAGGUGUUUUAUAUAUGUGUAUUUUUUAAUCCUGAAAAGACUUGUGUGCUCUCUUUAACAUGAGAUUUUAGUCAAUCAUGUCUAGGUUUCUCCUAAUAAAGUUCUAACCGUC